AUGCCGGAUCCGCGAUUUGUGGUCGCAGCGGUGCUGGUGUUGGUGCUGGUAUGCGGCGUAAAAUGCGCGUCGCAGUGGAAGAGUACGGCGGAAGUGAAAUGGGCCGAUGAUCAUGCCGCUUAUAUGAUGUCGCACCCCGUACUGGGCACAGCACUUCGACUCCCAGAAUACAAGCCGGAGCCGCGCGCUACAUCUCCAGAGCCGCGUGCAUGCAUGUGCAAGUACGUGCGCAUCUACUGGCCAUGCGGAGAAAGGCCUGUACAGGACCAGGGCGUGGUGUACGGCUGGUGUAUUUCGAAUGUACCGCACGAGCUCAUUUUUGUGGCCGCGGGCCUUAGCCCUGGCAGACAUGUGCGGUCAUUGCACGGUGCGCAGAGUGCUGCACCCAUUGGCACAUGGUCCACUCAAUCACUGCCGCAUGCAGAGGCACCCAAGGCGCAUUCGUUUCACGCAGUGUUGGCAAAAGAGCAUGCAUUUGCACCGCAACUAAAUUGGUACGUGCGCAUACACACUGACCCUAGGAUCCAUGCAGGCCAAUUCGCACCCAACUGCCAUGUUGCCAUACUGCUAUUUCCCCGGCCAAACGCUGCAAAGCUGCAGUGGCUGCCAUGUAACGACGUGCCGAGCCAAGCGCCUACAAAACUCGAGCAGUUUAUCGCCAUGGAUCCAAAACGCGGUGCAGAGAUGGCCACGCCGAAAGCGAUGCAGCCCGGUGCCGGAUUUUGUGCCGCGGUGCGGUACAUAAACAUGUCGUCUUAUGCAUGGACGCAGCAUGCACAUUCUUACGUAUGGAUAGGGACGGCGCCGAGUGCGCCACACAUCGCCUUGCUGCACAGAGCAGCGCUGUAUGGCCGCAUUCGAUUUCGUAUACAGUCAGUGCUCGCAUGGCUUGCGUAUUGGCAGCUGUAUGCGAGUGUACUUUCGGCGAUUGCCGCGGGCAAUGUCGCGAACAUCGAGCAGCUUGUCCCAGCGGCAGCGCGAGCAGCGGCGCGAGCGUGGAAUAUGCUUGGUCUGUACGUGCUUGAUAUGGCCGCAGGGUACAUUGCGAGCGCUGCUCUUUGUACAAACAUGGCGUCCGUACAAGCAUACAUCGCUUCUUUGCUUGCGCUGAUCGCAGCGCCGCAGCUGCGGCAAGUGUUUGAUUGGCUUGCGCACUGGCCGCUCGGGAUCAAGCUCAAUACGGAGCUCGCCAUGUUCAUUCGCGAUACGAUGGUGAGUGUAUGCGAGACACAUACGCGCUAUAUCCUCGCGCCUUUCCAAGCGCGUACCACGACUUUUCUGCACCUAUCCGCAUGGGUUAGCAGAUACUUGGGUCUCUCGGUCAUGCUUGCCAUGUGGCUCGAUAUCUUGUGGGCACUCACUGCACACAUUUUUGUCAUGCACACGGUGCUCCGUCACGUAUACCACUUCUGUACACGCAGCGCGGGUGCAUUGUUUGACAUGUUCCAAGGCAAGAAAAGAAAUGCACUGCACGGCGGCCGACUCGACGAAGCGCAAUACGAGGUUGACCAGCUGUGCUUGGGCACGAUUUUGUUUACCAUGGUCGUGUUCCUCUUUCCCACAGUGCUUCUAUUCUACAUGACCUCUGCGCUUAUCCAGUUAUUCAGCCUCCUACUUCACGGUGGGAUCGCGACGUGGAUAGGAGUGCAAAGUGCGCUGCCUCUCUACGAGCUUGUUGUGCGACUGUGCAAUCCCAUGUACCUCCCCGCAACAUUUGUUUUCCGUCCCCGCAAGGCGCACACACACUUUUUUGCGUCCGUCUACCAACUAGAAUGCGUGCCUGUGUCGCUCUUUGCGAUUCUCGCGCCUCUCUUGCAAGCGUGCAGUCCGUACUUUGCGCUCCCGCGCCUUUGCUCUGCUGUACUGCGUGGUGAUCCAUGGCCGUCGCUAGACUGUAAAUAG